UUCGAUACUUUCGCCUAAGUACAGUUUUGUCCAACCCUUAUCUUUAGCAAAAUGUCAACCAGUGAAACAAGUACGAAGCAAAAUGUGGGAAAAUACGUACCAGUUUCACAAAACAAUAAAUCCAAAUCUGGAAAAAUCCUCAUUGCGGUCACAGGUGGUUUAGGUGUUGGACUCUCGAUUAUCUGCUAUUCAUUUGUGGCACCGGCGUUACGCAAACACUGUUUGCCAUAUGUUCCAGCAACAACGAAACAAAUCAAAAAUGUAUUAUCAGCUAUUAGUACUUCUAAUAGCGCAAACAAACUAUUAGAUAUUGGCUCAGGCGAUGGAAGAAUUGUGAUAGCGGCUGCUAAAACGCACAGCAUCGAAGCCCAUGGGGUAGAAUUGAACCCAUGGUUGGUUUAUUAUUCACGCUUUUCCGCGAUGCGAACGGGGGUAUACGCAAAUACUAAGUUUUUUCGAAAAGAUCUUUGGAAAUUUGAUAUAUCAAAUUAUAAUAAUAUUGUUAUAUUCGGCGUAGAACAAAUGAUGCAAGAUCUCGAGCAAAAAAUAACGCAAGAAGCACAGCUUAAUGCUACGAUAAUCACUUGUCGAUUUCCAUUUCCUAAUUUGGUUCCUAUCAGUACAAUAGACGAUGGUAUUGACUCCUUGUGGAUUUACCGAAAAAGCUUUGAUUAUAAAAACACUAACAUGAAAAUAAAUCCAGUGUAAAUUUGAUUAUUUUCUACAUAUAACAAUUUUACAUUUUCAAAACUUCUAUAAUUUAGUACAAUAAUAAAUUGGGUUUUAAAUGCUGA